AAAAAGGUGGAGCCCAGAGGCUCUAUUGCUCGUCACAUUACUAUAUAUGUGCUUGCAAUUGAUCAAGCAAUAGCAGCACUAGUACUGUUCUAUAAUAUGCUCCAUUGAUAAACAUUUUUAAGUUUCUGCAAAUUUCUCUCAGUUCAUCUCUUUCUCUUUCUGCCUCCAAAAAACUAUGGACACCCGAAAACGGUAUGAUCCAUUUUUACUACUUGUCAUUUGCAUUUUCUUAUCUUUGAUAGAAACAACGUUAGCAACCGUUCAAGAAAGGCAUCUUUACAAAUGGGAAGUGGAGUAUAUGUUCGGGUCACCAGACGGUGUAGAAAAUGUCGUGAUGGGUAUCAACGGCCAGUUUCCGGGGCCGACGAUAAGGGCAAAAGCCGGGGAAACCAUUCAUGUGGAACUCACUAACAAACUACACACAGAAGGGGUUGUUAUUCACUGGCAUGGGAUCAGACAGCUUGGAACACCUUGGGCGGAUGGGACUGCUUCAAUUUCACAGUGUGUUAUUAACCCUGGUGAAAAGUUUACUUAUAGGUUCACAGUUGAUAGGCCAGGAACAUACUUUUACCAUGGACACUAUGGAAUGCAAAGAUCAGCAGGGCUGUAUGGAUCUCUGAUAGUUGACGUCGCAGAAGGAGAGAAAGAACCCUUCCACUAUGACGAUGAGCUUAACCUACUAUUGAGUGAUUGGUGGCACCAAAGUGUUCAUCACCAAGAAGUUGGCCUCUCCUCCAAACCCUUUCGUUGGAUUGGUGAAUCCCAGAGCCUGCUUAUCAAUGGAAGAGGACAAUAUAAUUGUUCACUAGCAGCGCAUUAUAGCAAAAACCCUACGGUUAAUGGGUGUAACUUAAAAGGUGGUGAACAGUGGGCACCAGACAUUCUCAAAGUUCUUCCCAACAAGAUUUACAGGCUAAGAAUUGCAAGCACCACUGCUUUAGCUUCUCUCAACUUGGCCAUUGGCGAUCACAAGAUGCUAGUAGUCGAAGCUGAUGGAAAUUAUGUCGAGCCAUUUGAAACUGCUGAUUUGGACAUUUACUCUGGUGAAAGUUACUCUGUUUUGAUUUCCACAAAUCAGAACCCAAAAAAGAACUAUUGGGUUUCUGUAGGUGUAAGAGCAAGGGAACCUAAAACUCCUCAAGGGCUAACAAUAUUAAACUAUUUACCAAACUCUGUUGAAAAUUUACCUGAUUCUCCCCCUCCUGUAACUCCUCAAUGGAAUGACUAUGCUCAUAGCAAAGCAUUUUCUAACAAAAUUUUAGCAACAAUGGGUUCUCCAAAACCUCCCAAGAAUUUCAGCCGUCGGAUCAUCCUGCUCAAUACCCAGAACAAAAUCAAUGGCUUUACUAAGUGGUCAAUCAACAAUGUUUCUCUCUCAUUACCUGCUACUCCUUACUUAGGCUCUAUGAAAUACGGCCUCCUCCAUGCUUUUGAUCAAACAAACCCGCCUGAAAACUACCCUGCACAAUAUGAUGUAAUGAAACCACCAGCUAACCCUAAUACCACUCUUGGAAAUGGGGUUUACAAGUUUGAUUACCAAACAACAGUAGAUGUGAUACUUCAAAAUGCUAAUGCAUUAAGUGACAAUGUUAGUGAAAUCCAUCCAUGGCAUUUGCAUGGGCACGACUUUUGGCUAUUAGGGUAUGGAGAAGGUAAGUUUACACCUAAGGAUGAGGAGAAAUUUAAUUUAAAGAAUCCACCUUUGAGAAAUACUGCAGUGAUAUUUCCUUAUGGGUGGACUGCACUUAGGUUUGUAGCAGAUAAUCCAGGAGUAUGGGCAUUUCAUUGCCACAUUGAGCCACAUUUGCAUAUGGGUAUGGGUGUGGUUUUUGCUGAAGGGAUUGAACAUAUCGGCGAGGUUCCUCAUGAGGCUCUUGCUUGUGGUUUGACAGGGAAAAUGUUUAUGGAAAACAAUAAGCAUUAAGGCUAUUUUGAGAUUUUUUAGCUAGUUGAGGCUUAAAAUUUUUAUGCAUUUUGAUGUGUAGUGUAAUAAGUGAGGUUCUACAACAUUUGUAUCUGCAUUGUGAAGUUUUACAUUAUUGUAAUAAAUUAUGGAAUGGAGAUGUUCAUAUGACGUA